AAAAGCUAAAAGCUCAUUACUUGCUUGUAGUCUCUACAUUGAUGUGGGUGAUUGGAAGAGUCCAGUGUCUUUUGAUAAGGCAGUGGAGAUCUAUGGUUCUCUCCCAACACUGCUCGGAUCUAAAGAUGAGAGAGCAGUUCCUCUGAAGGUCUGGCUCUACCCUCUGAAGAAACUGGACAAGAGCUCUUUGUGUGUUGCUCUGAGUGGAGUCAGUGAAAACCUGAUGCAUCAAGCUGAGAGCAUUCUGGAACAUCUGAGAAAACAGAUCAGGAUCUGUCAAGACAUUAUAAAAGAUUACAUCAAUGUAAAUGUGAUUAUGCAGUUUCUGACUCUGGAAGAUAAACUUUUAGUGUUUUUAGAGCUUAUGCAUGAAUACCAGACAAAAUUUCAGAAAGAAAUUAAAGAAAUUGUUCACAUCAAAGAAGGAAAAAGAGAGAGAAGUUUACAGGAUCUCCUAAAGAGGCACAACCAAUCACCAUUCAGUGCACAGAAAACAAACCAGUGGCUGGAGAAUAAAGAAACUGAACUGAAGAUUCUGAAUGACCUUAGAGCUGCAGACAUCACUGUUGUGAAAUCAAAGGCAGAGUUGCAGCAAGUCAUUAGUCAUUCUCAGAAAACCAGAGUAAUGUGUCUCACUCUUUACUCACCAGAUGUAGAAGAUUCCAUCAUCACUGCUCUGAGGCAGUUCAGUGAAUCUGAUGGCAUUAUACAUAAUGAUUCACUCCUGUUUAGGCCUGUUAGCAUCAAUGAAAAGACGAUUAUUAAAGUACAACUGUUUAUUGCUGCAAAUGAAGAUGCAGAGCAAACCAAGUUCAUUGCUGCGAUGAUACCUAGUGAUGAUUUUCCAGAAUGCUCUGUGCAGUUUUAUCAAGAUGGAAGGAUUGUGAGCAGAAAUGUGAAGUUUGGAACAAAAUCAGAUCUUGUCCAAAUAUCUCACAUAAAACACACCAGUGUGUCCCUGAAACUGAGUCUACCAGACACCAAGAUUGAGAGUUAUAUAGUGGAGUACAGGGCUUUGGGUGAUGAUGGAAGUAACAACGACACUUGGAAACAGAUCGUUUUUGAUGCCACAAGUAUCAGAGAAAUCUGUAUGAUAUCAGGUCUAAAGUCUGGCCAUCACUAUCAGCUGAGGUAUAUAUUUUUUGAGCAGGACUGUAUGAAUUUGAGCAGGAUUAUGAACUUUCAGACAGUGGUUACAGCAACACCUGGGAAACCCUUAGUGAAUAAGUUAGACCGAGACACUCUCAGAGUCACCUGGUUGAGGGCUGAAACUGAUGAAGAUCUUCCAGUGCUGCAGUAUAUGGUUGAGUAUAAAGAAGCAGGACUCGAGGGCUGGUCAUCAGUACACACAGAAGGAUCUGAGUGUGAAUGUACUUUAACUGUACUUCACAGCCCCUGCUAUAGAGUCAGGGUCUCUGCUGUCUAUGAGGACAUCACCAGCAAACCUAGUGAGGAGACACCAGUGGCAGUGGAUGUUUGGAACAUUAACCUCUCGGAGAGAAAGAGCUCCAUCCUCCUAGAAGUGCUGAAACUCCAAACAGAGAAGAAACCAGUAGAGCUGAUAGACUGGACAGAUGAAGAGAGUGAAGUGAAGGGAUUCCUGCAGUGUCUGCCCUACAUCUCACAGCUGAGGUUUGAUCGUUUUGUUUACUAUAAGAAGCAAAGCUCUUUCCAGUUCCUGGUGAAUCUGACUCUUGCAGCAUCAAAGUUUGAAACUGCUGGACAAAAUUACACUGAAUGUUUCACAUCUGUGUGCAGCUACACAUCUUUCCCCUUCAGUGAAAUCAUCCCUAACCAUCAGUGUGAUUUCCUGCUGGAUCUGUGUUCACAUGUGAAGGACUAUGAGACUCAAACAGGCAGGAGUGUCCUUCCAGCAUUACAGCCAAUUUAUCAGUCAGCUCCUGCAGUCUGGAGAAUAAAACUCUCAGAGAGAAAGAGCUCCAUCCUCCUAGAAGUGCUGAAACUCCAAACAGAGAAGAAACCAGUAGAGCUGAUAGACUGGACAGAUGAAGAGAGUACGCUGAGGGGUUUCUUCCGGUGUCUGCCCUACAUCUCACAGCUGAGGUUUCCUCAUCAACAGACGGGGUCUUCCAGUGAGACAGAAAUUAAAAAAAGGUUACUGGCAUUGAAUCUGUCUUUUGAAGUGCCUACUCUGCCAAAAGAAGUGAUAGAACUAUCUAUGGAGGCAUUAUUCUCAUACAUGUACUAUGGGAAGUGGGAUUUCCUGCUGGAUCUGUACUCACAUGUGAAGGACUAUGAGACUCAAACAGGCAGGAGUGUCCUUCCAGCAUUUCACUCAGUUUAUCAGUCAGCUCCUGCAGUCUGGAGCAUAGAUCUCUCAGAGAGAAAGAGCUCCAUCCUCCUAGAAGUGCUGAAACUCCAAACAGAGAAGAAACCAGUAGAGCUGAUAGACUGGACAGAUGAAGAGAGUGAAGUGAAGGGAUUCCUGCAGUGUCUGCCCUACAUCUCACAACUGAGGCGAGUAUCCCAAAACUAA